AUGCAUUCCACGUCUCCACAACGGCUCUGCAAGCUGACCUCACGUGGUUUUGGGAAAUCGACGAAGGACCCCCGAUUCAACACCUCUCAGAGGCAGGGCGACGAUGCGAAGAACACUUCCGAGAUCACGUCCGAAGCACCAGCGAAGGACGAUACAUUGUCGCCCUCCCCUUUAACAACCAGCUCCCAUCCCUUGUAUCAUCCAAAUAAUGUGAUCCAAGAAUAUGUAGACUUGGGUCACAUGACGAAGAUCAACACUGAUCACCUCGCUAACCACAAGUAUUAUCUGCCACAUCAGGGCGUGAUCAAGGAAUCAAGCGACACCACUAAGCUCCGGGUUGUGUUCGAUGGAUCAGCGUCAAGCAACACUGGAGUAUCACUAAACGAUACUUUGCUCACCGGACCAAAGUUGCAGGAGGAUCUAUUCGACAUUCUACUUAGAUUUCGGUCUCACCAAUAUGUUCUAACUGGUGAUAUUGAAAAAAUGUAUCGACAGAUACUGAUACGCCCAGAAGAUAGGAAGCAUCAACAAAUUCUGUGGCGCAAUUCCAACGGUGAAAUCGACGCCUAUCAACUUAUUACCGUGACGUUUGGGUUAUCAGCCGCGCCAUACUUGGCCCUACGGUGUCUCAAACAAUUGGCAGACGACGAGGGACACCAAUUCCCACGAGCGUCAUUGGUAUUACAGCGCGAUUUCUACGUAGAUGACGCCCUCACCGGAGCUGAUACGAAGGAAGAGGUACUGUCGAUCAGGAAGGAGCUCACCGAUCUUCUGCAAACAGGCUGCUUCAAUAUUAGAGGAUGGACUCCCAACGAUUCGGACAUACUGAGGGGGCUAUCCGAACAAGACAAAUGCCGGAAGAUACAAUUGAGUAAUUCUCAGACCAUAAAAACCCUCGGGGUUUUUUGGAAUUCCCAGGUUGACGCAAUCCUUUAUUCGGUCGAUACCCUAGCUGAUCUCCCACGGGUUACAAAGCGAUCAAUAAGUUCGGUGAUCGCCAGAAUUUAUGAUCCAUUAGGAUUGCUAGCGCCAGUGAUCAUUCGAGCAAAAAUUAUUUUGCAACAUGUCUGGUCAUUAAAAAUCAACUGGGAUGAAUCACUUCCCGCGGAUCUGCAUACGGACUGGAGCAGGUACUACGCCCAAUUAGCGUUGAUAAACAACGUCCGGUUUCCAAGAAAAACUGUAAUACCAGCAGUGACUAGGAUGGAACUCCACGGCUUUUGCGAUGCCAGCGAGAAGGCUUACGGAGCCUGCAUCUAUCUCCGCAUCAUUAGUUCCGAUGGCUCCAUCCAAUCCCAUCUACUCACCGUGAAGUCAAAGGCCGCUCCGCUCAAAACACAGAUUAUCCCACGACUCGAACUGAGCGAAGCACUACAUCUGGCUACCUUGAUCGCAUCAGUCCAGAAGGCCCUAACGAUCAAGAUCUCUCGGAUCGCAUACUGGACUGAUUCCACCAUCGUGCUCCAGUGGAUCAAAUCCUCGCCGCAUAUGUUAGACAUUUGUGGCGAACCGAGUAGCCGAGAUCCAAAUCAAGACUAA